CUGCCGAGACCGCGGAGCCGGAGCCCCCCAGCGCCAUUUCCAGCCGCCCCGGGGCUGCCAUGGCAGCCUGUACCAGAAGGGCAGAGCGAGCUAAUUGCAUCAGGAAUAGCAUGGCCUGGGCUGUCAUGCUGGCUGUCUAGAGUGCAGAAUCUGCAGGAAGAGAAGACUGACAGUCGGGUUAUGUAAGGGGAUGUGCAUCAUGCUGUAGUGGAAGAGAGAAGCUUUUACUUGUUGUUUACUAAGAAGGAAUAGGAGAAAGCCAGUCUUUAGCCACCAACAGCUUUAGCAAAGAAAACGCAAGAAACUUUGGAGAGGACAGUUGGUUGAGAGGCUCUGUAGAGAUUAGUACAGAUUUCUGAAGGCAGUUCUUUAUCCGUCAAGUGGGAAGAAGCAAGGAUGACAAUUUUGCCAUGUUAGUCCCAGUUAAUGGUUCAACCAUGAGUCACAGUGCUCCUAAAGAAUGUGGUGCCAUCGAAGCUAACGGUACUUCCAGAACCUAAUGCUUGAACUUGACUGCUAGGUGCCAUUCUUACUUCUGCGGUGUUGCUGUCUGUAAACUGCACUGUUCCUCUCCACCUUCCCAUCUCAUAAAAUUCAAUUUAGCUACUGUGUGACAGUCCUCGGCAUUCUGGAAACCAUGGGGAUUGGCAAGAAUACUGCUUCUAAAUCGGUGGAGACUGGAAGCUCGACAGAGGGCAAAUAUGAAGAUGAAUCUAAACAUCCUGCCUUCUUCACUCUACCUGUUGUCAUAACUGGUGGCGCGACAUCGAGUGGUGAUCAGGACACAGAGGACACAGAGCUGAUGGCAAUCUAUACCACAGAAAAUGGCAUAGCAGAAAAGAGUUCUCUGGCAGAGACACUGGACAGCAGUGGAAGUUUAGAUGCGCAGAGGGCCGACAUGAUUUACACAAUUGAGGAUGUUCCUCCCUGGUACCUCUGCAUAUUCUUGGGGUUACAGCACUACCUGACAUGUUUUAGUGGAACUAUAGCAGUACCUUUUUUGCUAGCUGAUGCCAUGUGUGUUGGAUUUGACCAGUGGGCUACCAGCCAACUGAUUGGGACCAUUUUCUUCUGUGUGGGGAUCACUACUUUGUUACAAACAACUUUUGGAUGCAGGUUACCUUUGUUUCAAGCCAGUGCUUUUGCAUUCUUAGCACCUGCCAGAGCUAUCCUCUCCUUGGACAAGUGGAAGUGUAAUAACACAGAUGUAACAGUUUCUAAUGGAACAACAGAGCUGCUGCACACUGAACAUAUCUGGUACCCCAGGAUACGAGAGAUCCAAGGGGCUAUUAUCAUGUCCUCCUUAAUAGAAGUGGUGAUUGGCUUCCUUGGCCUUCCUGGAGCUCUCCUGAGAUACAUUGGACCUCUGACAAUUACACCAACUGUGGCUCUGAUUGGCCUGUCGGGUUUCCAGGCUGCAGGGGAGAGAGCAGGCAAACACUGGGGUAUUGCUAUGUUGACUAUUUUCCUGGUGUUAUUGUUUUCUCAAUAUGCAAGGAAUGUCAAAUUCCCCUUACCAAUUUACAAAUCCAAAAAAGGAUGGACAGCCUACAGGUUGCAGCUUUUCAAAAUGUUUCCCAUUAUUCUGGCUAUCCUGGUGUCAUGGUUGCUUUGCUUCAUCUUUACUGUAACAGACGUCUUUCCACCUGACAGCACAAAGUAUGGGUUCUAUGCUCGCACUGACGCUAGACAAGGAGUGCUGUUGGUAGCACCCUGGUUUAAAGUUCCUUAUCCUUUUCAGUGGGGGUUGCCAACGAUUUCAGCGGCUGGAGUAAUAGGAAUGCUUAGCGCAGUUGUUGCAAGCAUUAUAGAAUCAAUCGGAGAUUACUAUGCCUGUGCAAGGUUGUCUUGUGCUCCUCCUCCACCUAUUCAUGCAAUAAAUAGAGGGAUUUUCAUUGAGGGUCUUUCCUGUGUUUUGGAUGGAGUAUUCGGUACUGGUAAUGGAUCCACCUCAUCUAGCCCUAACAUCGGCGUCUUGGGUAUCACUAAGGUUGGAAGUCGUAGGGUUAUUCAGUAUGGUGCAGCCUUCAUGCUCUUACUUGGAAUGGUUGGGAAGUUCAGUGCGCUGUUUGCAUCCCUGCCUGACCCAGUGCUUGGAGCCCUCUUCUGCACCCUCUUUGGAAUGAUUACAGCUGUGGGUCUGUCCAACCUCCAGUUCAUAGAUUUAAACUCUUCACGUAACCUCUUUGUACUUGGAUUUUCCAUCUUCUUCGGACUUGUCCUUCCAAGUUAUCUCAAACAAAACCCACUGGUUACAGGAAUAGCAGGCAUCGAUCAAGUGUUAAAUGUUCUUCUCACUACAGCCAUGUUUGUUGGCGGGUGUGUGGCCUUUAUUUUGGAUAACACCAUUCCAGGAAGCCCUGAGGAGAGAGGAAUCCAGAAAUGGAAGAAAGGCGUGGGCAAAGGCAGCAAGUCCCUGGAGGGCAUGGAAACAUAUGAUUUGCCCUUUGGCAUGAACUUUAUCAAAAAGUACAGGUGCUUCAGCUUCUUGCCCAUCAGUCCCACCUUCAUGGGCUACACGUGGAAAGGCUUCAGGAAAAGCAGUAACUGCAGGAGUUCAGAUGAAGACUCUGAGGCUACUGUAUAGCCUUGGUUGCAAUUAUAUUAUCUCGUUGUAGUAACAGAUGUAUUUGCAGUUUCUUGCUGAUUAAGAAGCAUUAAAAUAUAUGUUUUGUAUAUCUGCAUUUAAAUUCUGGAACCAGAGCUGAGACAGAUUUAAAAAAAAAAAAAGCUUUCCUGUUGUGGAUGGUGAUGGCUCUAUAUAGUGUGUCUGGUUGCCUAAUGGGUUACUGAUCUGGGUAAAAUUUAAGUGCCCGAGUCCCAUUUUCAGAACAGAUUUAGGUCCAUAAGUGCCAAACUCACUUUUGAAAGUGGAACUUCAACUCCUAAAUUACAUAGGUGCUUUUGAAAAUCUUAUCCUCUGAUUAUUUUAUUUAAAUCAUUGGUGCUGGUGUUUUCGGCACAUCCAUUGCUGGCAGAGUUAGUUGUGCCAGAAAAUUUGAAUCCAUGUGUGAAAUGAGUAAAUACCAUUUUAUUCACUUGUAAAACACAGACACCAAUAUCAAGUCAGUUGUAUUUUUUUCCAGUUAUAGCUCAUACAUUCCAUAUUUUUUCCACACAGCCACCUGUAAAUCAGACAUUAUAUCAUUGUGGCUAAUGGGUAUAUCUCUAGAAUAUCUUUGCAAUCAUUGACAAUGCAUUCAGAAAUUUCCAGACAACAGUUUCCUUACUAAAUUAUGCCAGAUAAAAGCACUGAUUUACCCAUGUGAUCUACUACUGUGCAAGAAUCUCUUUGAUAUCUUUUAGAUAUGUUGCUCUUGUCUACCUGGAAGCUUGCCACCUAACUGGUGCCUGAGUCGAAGUUCCCUUUAAGGGAAGUGUCAACUUUAUUUUUACUUGGAUAGGGAACUAUUUAAUUUCAAGACUGUUACAUUUUCCUAGCCCAACAGCUUUUAUCAUUACAAUACAGUGCAUAUAUCCACUUUAAUCACAGACUCUUCCUGAAUGAAAAUGUGAAUUUGUCUAAGCAGCCCCAUAUAUGUAGAAAUCAACAGGGCAAAAUAUCAGCAUUUGCUUAUUCUGACUUGUACCUAAUUUUCUUCAUCCUGCUCAGACUAUCUCUGUCUGACUAGUGCUGCUUGAAUAAGAGUGGCCUAUGUACAUGCUGCCUUUUUUCCCUCCUCUGGGGACUAACACAGCAGCUGUUUGUUUUUACAAGUGGAUUUUUUAAAUAGCGGAGACACUACAUUUGGCAUCAUCGUCCACUGGAUGGUUUUAACGGGUAUUGGGCCCAGUGACGGUGCCAUUCAGAUAUUUUUUUCUGGAAUAGCCUCAGCUCUGAUGUUAUGUGGAUGUUAAUACUCAUCAUGCAUUCAUAAUUAUAAGGUUUUAUUCAUGUUUAAUGUUAUUACUAUUGCAAGUUAGUUUUAGACGUCAGUGUUUCAGUGUGGCCCAAAAAAGCAUUUUUAAGCUGUGGAGAUCAUCAGGGAAGUGUAGUGUAAUGUACUCUUAAGGCCAGUAUGCUCUACGAUGCUUGCAUUUUGUAUCUCUGGAUAAAAAAUAAAGGUAGAUACUGUAAUUCGCUAAUAUAUUUAUCAAAGUUGACUACUGGACAAGAGCAGUAAAUUUUGUUAUUGAAGCAUGGAAGGGCUGGGGUGGGGGAGGGGAGGGGAAGAAAAUUGCUUAAUGGAUCAGUAUUGAAUAGUGCAGAGUCAAAAUGAUUCCAUUGAUAUAGUUUUCAGCAUGUCAUGGCUGUUUAUGCAACAUAUUUUUAUACAACUUUUUCCAUAACAAACCAUGUAUUUGUUCUUGCUCCAAGGAACUUUCAGUAGUUUGCAGUUGUGGCGUCAGUUGGACUUAGUUGAAAGCCAGUCAGAAGAAUUAUUGUGUAAUAGACAAGGUUAUGUCACCUGUAGUGCAAAGCUGUUCUUAUCUUUUAUUUUGCUCUACAGGCAAUGAGAGGGGUUACAGAAAUUACCCGUCUCCUUAGGAACGGAUUUGGCCAAGAGCACUGAUCAGUAACACUAAGCUUCUAAAUUUUCCACCUUUUAUUUUAUGUGCAACCAAAGAUGUGAGGGAGUUUCAAUUAAAAAAAAGAAAAGCCGCUUGUAUGAGGUGGUUAUAAUCAUGUAAAAUGCCAAAGCUGGUUCAUUUAUAAAUGUGGGGUCAGGAAGGCAAAAGUUUGAAUUAAAGAUGAUGCCACUCAUUAAAAGCAGACUUCUCAAUACUUAAAAUCUAAUAGUACAUUUUGCUCUGUGGACUCAGCAGCGAAUGUCAUGUUUGAGGCUUGUCUGAUCUUUUCCCAAAAGAAUAUGUUAAUGUAAGGCAGUGGAAAGAAACUAAAAUCUUACAACAACUUUAGGAACCAUUUGGCUACCUUACAAGAUUGCUGGCAGAAUGACUUGCAUGUUAACCCUGUAAUGCCAGGCAGCUUGUGCGUUUUUGUAUUAGCAUGACACGUCAUGCAGUAGCAGACCACACAGUGGGAAAUCCUGACUUGAAAAUUAAAUAGAUUUUUUUCCCUACAAGAUCUUACUUUGGAUGAAGUAAAGCGCUGCUGCACGCACACACAGAAAUGGCCUCUUUAACAUGUUUGAAAGAACAACCACUUUAAAUAGUCUUUAGGUGCUGCAUGGUAGUUUGAAUCAAAUAGUUCAAUCGCCAUUCUGAGGAUUUGUUUUUCUGAGAUACAAUACUAUUCUUGACGGAAGAAAUUACGUUGGAUUAUGGAAAGCCAGAGCCUCCUCCAUCUAAAAUCUUAUAGUUAGAUUCUUUCCUGCUCCUACCACGCUGAUUCCAUCGACUGGGUGAGAGAAGUUUAGCAAAAUAUAUACUGGAGGAUCACAAUGUUUAGCUGACACACUUUGCUUUGCUAGCCACCUUGAAAACUAGUAUUUAAUGUGGUUGAGCAGUCCAUUUUGCAUCCAAAAUCCUGAAACAUUUAACUUCUGAGAAAGGUGACUUCUUGAAUCCUCUUCUUUUAAGAAAGCUGAUGGUUAAAGUUGAGCCUUAAUUUUGCAAGGAUAACCAGACGAGAGCUGAUGAAACACUGCUUAUAGCAAAAUGUUUUAACAAAGUCACUGGCAGUACACUUAACAUCUGAUGUUAACUGCAGCACCCAGAAUGUUAGAUGUGUCUUUGUGUAUAUCUUAGCUUUCUCAGAUAAGAGUGGGGGAAAAACCUCAUGUGCACAGUUUUGCCUUGGGAAGAGAAAUCCCCCUUCCUUUAGUGUGUCUGUUUCUGAGAGGAAUCUACAAUUGCCAAUCAAAUACUAAGUGCAGGUUUUUAAUACCCUCAUUUAU